AUGGCCACGUCACGCCCUAUGAUGGAAGCCCGCUUUUCCCUCCCUCUUCUCUCUGCCGGUGGCGACCUCCUCCCCGAUCCAGCCGCAAUCGCGCGCGUCAACCGACAGGCCUCCCUCCCCGAAACACCUGAGCGCGCGCUGCCCAUUACCCCUGUCCCACAGUGCAAUAUCACCAAACCGGUGCGCGUGUUCUACGAGGCUCGCGAUGUGUACCCCCAGACGAACACCACGCGAUCUGUGUCUCCUGGCACCGUUAUCGAGGAUGACGUAUUCGCUAACUCACUUGUCCGUUCAAUGGUCGGCAGUGGGCGUAGCCAGCAGCCUUCGACUCCCUUGCGCGGAGAGUACUCACAAGGGCUCGAAUACCAACCCUACGGGUACCAAGCGCAGUCUUACUCUCCUGUACCUGGCUUCAACUCCACGUAUCGCAAGGUAUCUACAACACCGACCUUCGAGAUGGACCCCCUGCAGGCCAACGCCUCGCAGCCAUCAUCUCCGCUACCGUCACCGACUAUGCUCAGGCACCAUGGGUACACGCAGGUGCCAUCGGAAAGCUUACUUCGUUCUCCGCUCGCAUCGCCCACGAACUCGAAGAUCACCAGUCGCUCCCUCCGCAGCUCCCUUCGCAUCCCGCCUUCUCGCUCAGAGUCGAGGUCGGUCGAGAGCCAUGGCUCGUCUUUAGUUCAACGUGCACCUGGACCUUUCCCGUGGGCAGCAUCGGCACCCACCACUAACCCCUCGCACUCCGCAUCAAAAUACAUGUCGCCGGUCGCUAGUCCUUCCCGCCAACCCAACCACGUCAUUGUGGCCAAGGACCCUGUGACAGGCCGACCCGAUGUUGCAGCUCCUCCCAUUAACAAGCCGCCAGCCAUCCUGGCUGCGCCGACCUCGGGGCUGGUGCCGUCCACCAUGACGCGCGUCCUCAACCCCCCAACACGCAGCUCUUCGCAUGUGCCUGCCAAGGAUCCUCAACCCCAGCUCCGUGGGCCUGUCGCUGAGAGAAGACACUUGCCCCUCCAGGCGCCGAAGCCCAGCACCCCACCCAAACAGCUCCUCUCGCAGCGCGCCAUGAAGUUCGACACCUUCUCAGAGUCCGGCGACGGGCAUAACUCCCUCUCAUCUCGGCGCCAGGAGCGACAGGAAUUGAGUCCCUGGGCCUCGCUGUCCCUCGUUGGGCAUGUUGUCGACAGCGACCUCACGCGUCACCACAAACGGCUGGCGGAGAGUCUAUCGGCGCCCACCCAUGCUUGGGAAGAGAAUCUGCGCAAAGACCGACGCGGCGGGUAG